AUGUUGGUCAAACUGGCCGUGGUGCUGCUGGUUUUGUCAGUGCUGGAGCAAGUGGUAGGAUCGGAUAAUAUUGAUAUCCAUGACAUCCUCCCAGAGAAGCCCGCGAGCCAGAAAGGACGCCUCUCCCUGCAGAAUACAGCUGAGAUCCAGCACUGCCUGGUGAGUGCAGGGGAUGUCGGCUGUGGUGUGUUUGAGUGCUUUGAGAAUAACUCCUGCGAGAUACGAGGGCUACAGGAAAUCUGCAUGACGUUCCUGCACAACGCUGGCAAAUUUGACUCUCAGGGGAAGUCCUUCAUCAAGGAUGCUCUGAAAUGUAUGGCUCAUGGGCUACGGCACAAGUUCAGCUGUAUCAGCAGGAAAUGUGUGUCCAUUAAAGAGAUGGUGUUUCAGCUCCAGAGAGAGUGCUACAUCAAACACAACCUGUGCUCUGCUGCUAAGGAUAAUGUGGCCGUCAUGGUGGAGAUGAUCCAUUUCCAAGAUCUCUUCCCUAAAGGCCCGUACGUGGAGCUGGUGAAUAUUCUUCUGAGCUGCGGAGAGGAGGUGAAGGAGGCGUUGACGCGGAGCGUCCGGCUACAGUGCGAGCAGAACUGGGGGGCUCUGUGCGACAGCCUGAGCCUCUGCUCCUCCCUCGCGCCGUCUCCCGCCGGCUCCGCCGCCGAACACCACCGCCGUCCCUUGCCCUCCCACCCUGAGCCGGAGCACCCUCGCCCUCCGCGGCAAGGUGACAAGGACAAACCCACUAAGGCUGGCUUCAACACUCACCCACGCAAUCGCAGUCAGGGACCCCGCCGCCAGAGUCCAGAGGCCGGCGUCGUGGCUGAGCAGGAAGACCCCGAGGCCACCGACAUCCGGAGGUGAAAACGCAGGAGACUGCCCCGACCUUUGACCCCCCCCACAGCGUUAAAAAAACCACACUUGCAGACUUAUGCACACCUCCACAGCCCCCCUCUACCCCACCCCACACACACACACACACACACACACACACACAUAUUCCCAGACAGACUGAGCAGAAGGAAACAAGCCCCGCCUUUUCCUGUCCUUAUUCCACCCUCUCUAGUCAUUCCAGCAGUCCCACAUGGUAAACUUGCAGGGUAAUUGUGGUGUAGCUUGUACUGUUAUGCCAGAUUGUAGGCCACAAUUUAAAAAAAAAAAAAAAAAAAAUGUAAUAAUAAUUCUUAUUAUCAUGAUUAUUUGAGCUGUUAGGACUAUUUUGGCUCUAAUAUAGCAUUUCUCAAAUCCUACUUACUGUACGAUUUGAUUAUAUUUGUAUUAUUUAUUUUAUUCUGUAUGCAAUGUUGAAGUAUCAAAAUGUACAUAGAAAUAUACUUAUCUAUAUUUAUAUAAACAUGUAUAAAUAUAGUUUCAAUAUGCAAUACUGAUAUGCUAUACAUGACAUAGUAUAUGGUGUGCUGUCUGUUCCCUUCACAGUAUUGCACCCAUCACAAAUUGGUCUGUAGAUAUGUAACAUACACAAUUUUUGUUUCAACAUGGGAAUGUGUAUUAUAGAUACUUGAUGAUCAAAUACAAAUUGUACAGGUUUCAAGUCCAGUUCUGGCACAUAUGAAUUGUAGUGCAUGAUGGCCACAAAGCCAACAAACUUGUGCAUUCUUAAAGUGAAAAUCCACUCUAAAGAGGAUGCAAUUGUAAUACUAUGAAUAUGGACAGUUAUUUCACACGUGUAUGUAUUGAUAAGUCUCUCAAAAAGCUAGAAAUAAGAGAGCCAAGACGGAUCUCUGAUGUCAUCGGGCACUGCUGUCUGGGCAGCAAUGAAUGGGACACGAACACGGACACGUGUUGUUUCCUGAGGACGAGUGCAACUCUGACGUGAUGCAUCAGAAGUAUCACGUCGCUCUCAUCCAUUGUUAAUCAGAAGCUGUGUCUCAGUGACAGUACAGAUUCAUGUCAUGUUUAUAGCUUCAGCAGAUGUCAUCGUUCUUUUAAGAAUUGACCUGGCAAAAGUUAUACAUUCUCUUUUGAGUUGGUUUUUCAUCUAACUGUUAGAUACCGCUGAAUUGCCGCAAAGAGAGGAUGUUCAAUCAAGUCCUUUCACACGUAAGAUCACACACAUCAAGGUGCCUAAACUUGUAAUUGUCCACAGUGACCGCUUCUCUGUGAUUUAGGUGAAUGGAUGAUACUGUGUCGUUGGGGGGGAGGGGUGGGGGAGGGGUAUUUUAUGAUGAGCCACAGAAGUCUUAGAUUUUGCACUUUGGACGAUUUUCAGUUUUGUUGGACCGCUGCAGGUUAGGGGGAAAUAAACGGGUUACCAUAGCGAUCACCCUCUAAUCAGACCUUACUGGGAUAUUUCAUUUCACCGAUGCUGGGAUGGUAAAACCAAACCUUUUUGCUCCCUAGGACCAGGGUGAGCCUCGUCUUCAGAUCAAUGUUAGCCUUUUGUGGUGUCCCAGUGGGCAGUAAAGAGGCUCGACCGAAACCCUCGAGAUCUCUGGCCCCUCUAAAUUAGCCCUUAUUCCUCUCUGGUCCCGUACCUAGGUCAGGAGAGAUAUGAAGGCCUGUUAUUCUACCCGUCAGAGCCACAGGCAACGCAGCAAGUAACCAGGAACUGGGUUAAGUCCACACACGGGGGCUCUGGCGCUGUUAUUCUAAAUGUUAUAUUUACCGAGGCCACCAGAGAAUUCCUCUGGGCCGCAGCCAAGAGCCAGCAACGCAGAGAGGCAGAGAGGAGUGGAGCUAAAUGGAGUGAGACAAAUUCUUUUUUUUUUUUUUUUAAUGUGAGGAUUCACUCCAUCUUAACUUCUCCUAGUACUCUUCUUCUUUCCCUUUUUUUAGGUCACAAACACAGGCUUUUGACCAUUUCAGGCCAGUCGCGUGCAUUGAGCUGUGGAAGUGCAGAACACUACACCACGUGCUGGGGAGCGAUUGGUGCAAAAAGACAAAACCUGCUCAGAUUUUGAGGCUCAUUUAAUGUUUUUUUGUUUUUGUUUUUUUUCAUUUUUAGUUUUCUGUUGUAUUCAGUUUUUUCUCCCAACACCAAUCAUUCAAAGACUAUUUUUUAGCUCCGAGGGUUUGAAUCAUCAAUGAGGCUUUUCAAGCUUUUUUUUUUUUUUUUUUUUUUUAUUCUGUUGUGGAAGGUGGGAUUCCUGUGACAUCCCAGCAUGAGACAUAAGCUAAUCCUAUUGAGAAUGUACUGUAUGUGUGUAAAGUGACAAUCUGUUCAGCUCUCUUGUCAUUUGGUUUGAUAUGGCUUUUUGUAAUAAUGUAGUGGCUUGAAUGGCUUUUCUUUAUGUGUUCAGGGGAAAAUUAAACUAACCAUGUUCCCGGUAUUGUUAGUGCCCCAUCCACAUGUUAUGUGUUUUUUUCUCCAUUUAGCACAAGGAACUCUGCUUUCACUGUUGAAAUUACAGAACAUGGUCUAGAAGUUUGUAACCCACCUGUAAGACAUUGAGCAUAUGAUCCUAUAAAUAUCUUACGACUCCUGAAGUCAGAUGUAUCUUGUUAUCAUUAAAAUAUUUUUGUCUGUA